AUGUCUACAUACAUUACUCGAGCAGAGCGAUCGGGAUCAAUAUUCUUUCGUGUGACUGGCUUGAUACGCUCUGGACAACUUCAUUGGAGUGACCGACCAUUAUGGUAUGAUGUUUACGUAUCUUCUCCACCCCUUACGCCACCUGUUUGGAAUGUAAAAAUGGAUCGACACGAUGAGCCUUUACGAAAAAUCUUUUAUGAAGAGGACCAUAUCAGAGCGAAAUUUUAUCAAAAAUAUCAUCGCACUGGCAUAAUAAAUGCUUUUGUUCCUGGAGAUAGCAUAAGUCAAAUGUUUAUUAAUGAAUACAGAGCAUUAAAGAAGGAAGAACCGGAAUUGGACGAAGAAUCUCUUGUCGAUAAAACUGAAAAACGCUUGGAAGCAGCGGGGCUAACGUUGAAGAAA